AUGGCAAUGUGGCCACCACAACGCACUAGAAAUGUUACUAGUUGUCAUGACAACGCCGAGUUGUUUGGUUCGAAUUUUGUUUCUACGAUGCCGCUUUUUGGGAGUAAGUUUGCCCCAAAGCAGCCCCCUUUACGCAAAUUUGCCAAUAAUGUGAGUGAGGAUUUGGAUGAGUUGGUUUCGGGGCAAAGAAGCGUGCAAGUGCGGCUGGGGUCACAAGAGCUGGUUUUUGAGAAUGGCGACUGGAUCCCCGAAAGUGGCGAAAGCGGGACUGCUCAUAAGUCGAACCAGAGGUUACGGAAGAAAAUUCAAGAGUUGCAAGAGGAGAAUAAUAUGCUUAGGCUGAAGUACGCAUUAAUGCUCAAUAUGUUGACGCAGACCACGGCCGAAGGGCAUUUGCUGGAAAAGGAGUUGGAAAAGUGGAGAAAUAGGAAGUGAAAAUUUUUCGCCGGCCAUUUGCAGUCCAAGAUAACUCAAUUGGGGCACUUGUUUUUUGUGUGGCCCUCUUGCCCGCACUUGCUACAUUUUCGUUUCGCCCGGUAAGGUGGCGCGCCUCGGCUAGUUUUUGUUUUGGGGGCUCGUCGCUGGGGGCCACCCCCGGGUCCGUCAUCGCCAGGGCCGCCGCCGCCGUCGCCCCCAUCGUUGUCCUAGUCACAGUAAUAAUAAAAAAUAAACUAAAAAUAAAUAGUA